AUGUCACCCAUGAAGCAGAACGAAUCAGAGUCACACUCUGUGUCUGAACCGAUUGCCAUUGUCGGCUCUGCAUAUCGGUUCCCAGGUGGUUGCAACACCCCAUCCAAGCUCUGGGACCUUCUCCAGCAACCGCGAGAUAUCCUCAAGGAGCUUGACCCUGAACGUCUUAACCUGAGACGCUAUUAUCAUCCUGAUGGCGAGACCCACGGUUCGACAGAUGUCUCGAACAAAGCCUACACCCUCGAGGAGGACAUUAGCCGCUUCGAUGCCUCCUUUUUCGGCAUCAGCCCCCUCGAAGCGGCGAGCAUGGAUCCGCAACAGCGGACACUCCUCGAGGUAGUAUACGAGUCGACAGAAACGGCAGGUAUUCCACUGGACAAGCUUCGCGGCUCGUUGACGUCGGUCCAUGUGGGCGUCAUGACGACCGACUGGGCCCAGGUGCAGCGGCGCGAUCCAGAGACCAUGCCGCAGUAUACGGCCACGGGCAUCGCGAGCAGCAUCAUCUCCAAUCGCAUCUCGUACAUUUUCGACCUCAAGGGUGCUUCCGAGACGAUUGACACGGCCUGCUCCAGCUCGCUCGUGGCGCUGCACAAUGCCGCCCGCGCGCUGCAAAGCGGCGACUGCGAAAAAGCCAUUGUCGCUGGCGUCAACCUCAUCCUGGACCCUGAUCCCUUCAUCUACGAGUCCAAGCUGCACAUGCUGUCCCCCGACGCGCGGUCACGCAUGUGGGACGCGGCGGCCAACGGCUACGCGCGCGGCGAGGGGGCCGCGGCUGUUGUACUCAAGACGCUGGGCCACGCUCUCCGAGACGGCGACCGGAUUGAAGGCGUCAUUCGCAGCACGUUUGUCAAUUCGGACGGCUUGAGCUCCGGGCUGACGAUGCCGUCGUCUGCGGCGCAGACGGCGCUCAUCCGCCAGACAUAUCGCAAAGCCGGCCUCGACCCGGUCAGGGACCGACCGCAGUUUUUCGAGUGCCACGGCACUGGCACAAGGGCGGGCGAUCCGGUCGAGGCGCGGGCCAUUAGCGAUGCGUUCCUGCCCAGCCACAGGACCAAUGGAGGUGGUGCAGCUACUACAGUCGACGAUCCUCUGUAUGUGGGCUCAAUCAAGACUGUGGUUGGGCAUUUAGAAGGGUGCGCCGGCCUGGCUGGUCUUGUCAAGGUGCUUCUCAGCCUCAAACACGGCAUCAUUCCGCCCAACCUCUGGUUCGAUAAGCUGAAUCCAGAGAUUGCGCGCUACUAUGGGCCACUUCAGAUUCCUACGAAAGCGAUACCGUGGCCCGAGUUGGCUCCUGGUACACCGUUGCGUGCCAGUGUGAAUAGUUUUGGAUUCGGAGGAACCAAUGCCCACGCCAUCAUUGAGCGCUACGAUGCUAGCCAGAGCUACUGCUCACAGUGGCGACGAGACAUGACUGAGGAAAAGACCAUUGCCAGAACGCAAAACAAUGACGAUGUCGAGAUUCCUGUUCCGCUGGUUCUUACAGCCAAGACAGGGGGCGCUUUGUGGCGAACCGUAGAUGCAUAUGCGCAGCAUCUGAGGCAGCAUCCCAAGCUUAGGGUCGCGAAUCUGAGCCAGUUUAUGCAUUCGAGGCGAUCGACUCACCGAGUUCGAGCCAGCUUCUCGGGCGCAUCUCGUGAGGAGCUUGUCGAAAACAUGGCCAACUUUGUCCAGGCUCAUGCUGCCGACGCCAAAUCACCGGCCUCGCAGAAUCGCAUCGGCUACUCCCCGCUGCUCAUUGACCCGAAAGAAGUUUCCGGUAUCCUUGGUAUAUUCACUGGACAAGGAGCACAGUGGCCAGCAAUGGGCCGCGACAUGAUGCACCAGUCGCCACUGUUUCGAAAGACUAUUGCAGACUGUGAGUCGGUCUUGCAGGCUCUCCCUUUAAAAGACGCCCCUGCGUGGUCCUUGUCUGAAGAGUUGAAAAAGGAUGCCUCUACGUCUCGGCUGGGAGAGGCAGAGAUUUCGCAGCCCCUAUGUACAGCUGUGCAACUGGCUCUGGUCAAUGUCCUCACUGCGUCUGGCGUCUAUUUUGAUGCCGUGGUCGGCCAUUCGUCUGGCGAAAUUGCAGCAACCUAUGCGAGCGGCAUCAUCAAUCUAAAGGCCGCAAUGCAGAUUGCCUAUUAUCGCGGCCUCUAUGCCAAGCUUGCGCGAGGUCAGUCUGACGAGGCCGGCGGUAUGAUGGCAGCUGGGCUCUCAAUGGAUGACGCCGUCAAACUCUGCCGUCUACCCGAGUUUGAGGGCCGCAUUCAAGUCGCCGCAAGCAACGCGCCCCAAAGUGUCACGCUUUCCGGAGACAAGGAGGCGAUCAAAGCCGCCAAGGCCAAGCUCGACGCUGACGGUGUCUUUGCGCGAGAGUUAAAGGUGGACACGGCGUACCACUCGCAUCACAUGCUCCCAUGCGCUGAACCGUACCUGAAAGCGCUUCUUGCUUGUGAUAUUCAAGUAAGCGCUCCGACGAAGACGCCCGGGAGGAAAUGUAUGUGGAGCUCGAGCGUACGAGGAGACGCCGAGCUGCUGCGUCGUGACAGAAACCUGGAUAGCCUGAAAGGGCCCUAUUGGGUUGCCAACAUGGUCCAAACAGUCCAAUUCUCCCGCGCUAUUCAGUCCACCAUCUGGCACGGCGGCCCAUUCGACUUGGCUGUUGAAGUUGGGCCGCACCCUGCUCUCAAGGGCCCGACCGAGCAGACUCUCAAGGCCGUAUAUGGCUCUGCUCCAUUGUACACUGGGGUUUUGAGCCGUGGUGCCAACGAUGCGGUCGCAUUCUCCACGGCUAUUGGAAACAUUUGGUCGCACCUGGGGCCGGCCUUUGUCGACAUCACAGGUUACCAAUCGAUAUUUUCAGGUACAUGCGAGGGACAUGGCGGCUCAGAAGCUCCUUUCAUCUCGGAUCUACCACUAUACCCGUGGGACCACGACGAAGAGUACUGGCGCGAGUCUCGCAUUUCUCGGCGUUAUCGCACAGGCAAAGACGAGAGCCACGAGCUGCUCGGACGCCGCAUGCCCGACGACAACGAGCGCGAGAUUCGCUGGCGCAACCUGCUCAAGGUCAGCGAGCUGCCCUGGACGCAGGGCCACAGAGUUCUCGGCGAGGUCUUGCUGCCUGGAGCCGCUUACAUUAGCAUGGCAAUCGAGGCUGGUCGACGUCUGGCACUUGAUCAAGGCAGAGAAGUCUCUCUUCUUGAGGUGUCUGAUGUCGACAUUCUCCGCCCUGUUGUAGUCGCCGACAACAAGGAAGGCACCGAGACACUAUUCACAGUGCGACUGCUCGAUGAAUACGCCUCGACUGGGAAAAAAAGCGACGAGCUGAUGACAGCAUCGUUUUCGUUUUACAUCUACAACAGUCCUGCCAGCACAUCCAUUGUUCAUACCUGCGAGGGUCGCAUUGCCGUCCACCUUGGCGCGAAGCUCGGUUCCGAAGCGGCAGCGAACAGCACGCCGCAGCUGCCACCUAGGGAGCCAUCGGUUUCCAACUUGCAGCAACUUGACUGCGAGAAGCUCUAUUCGGUGUUUGAGACUAUAGGCUUGGAGUACUCUGGGGCUUUCCGACGCAUCGUCAGCAGUAGCCGGUGUCUAGGGCAUGCGACAGCCACCGCAUCUUGGCCCACUGCAGAUCUGAAUGACUGCUACCUUGUUCACCCUGCCAUCUUGGAUGUUGCGUUUCAGACUAUUUUUGUUGCGCGGGCACACCCUGACAGCGGGCAGUUGAGCUCUGCAUUGCUGCCUUCACGUAUCGAGCGCGUCAGGGUCGUACCAUCGUUGGCGAUGGGGUCCAAACUGCAAAACAAUGAGAAUUUCAACGCCGCGAUUGAUUCUUGGGCUCUGAAUCAGACUGCAUCAUCUUUGACUGGAAAUAUCAACGUGUACGACGCAGAUAGCGAAAGGGCGCUCAUCCAAGUCGAGGGGUUCGAAGUGAGGGCGGUUGGUGAGCCGGACGCCUCAAAGGAUCGCCUUCUCUUUUAUGAGACAGUUUGGGGUAGAGACAUUUCCAUCAUGGGCUUGUCGGACCCUAUUCGGGACGAGACUUCCGAUGCCAUGGUGCAAAAUCUGAGCGAAGCCAUUGAGCGCGUCAGCCUAUUCUAUGUGCGACAGCUUAUGGGCGAGCUCAGUACCGCAGAUAGGCGUCAGGCAAACUGGUAUCACACCCGCAUGCUCGCGGCGUUUGACCAUCAUUUGGCCAAAGUCCAUGAGGAAACGCAUCUUCACCUGCGCCCGGAAUGGCUUGCAGACGACUGGACGGUCAUCCAAACCAUUGAUGAGGCAUACCCGGAUGCUGUCGAGUUGCAGAUGCUUCACGCCGUUGGGCAAAAUGUGGCAGAUGUCAUCAGGGGCAAAAAGCACUUGCUAGAGGUCCUGCGUGUCGAUAAUCUCCUCGAUCGCCUCUACACGGAAGACAAGGGCAUGCACAUGGCGAACCUCUUCUUGGCCAAUGCACUCAAGGAAAUUACCUUUAAAUUUCCGCGGUGCAAGAUUUUGGAGAUUGGGGCUGGUACUGGCGCUACAACCUGGGCCGCACUGAGUGCAAUUGGUGAGGCAUUCGACACCUAUACUUACACAGAUCUUUCGGUUGGCUUUUUCGAGAAUGCUGUCGAGAGAUUUUCCGCAUUUCGUCACAGGAUGGUCUUUAGAGCCCUCGACAUUGAGAAAGACCCAGCAUCUCAGAGCUUUGAUCUCAACUCGUACGACAUCAUCAUUGCGACCAAUGUCCUCCAUGCCACGAGGAACCUGGGGGUCACGCUCGGUAAUGUUCGAUCUCUCUUGAAGCCCGGCGGCUAUCUGCUCUUAAACGAAAAGACUGGCCCAGAUAGUCUUCGCGCUACCUUUAACUUUGGUGGGCUCGAAGGCUGGUGGCUUGCCGAGGAGAAGGAGCGUCAGCUCAGCCCGCUCAUGUCCCCCGAUGGCUGGGAUGCCCAGCUCCAAAAGGCCCAGUUCUCUGGCGUCGAUCACAUCGUACACGACGUUCAGGAAGAUCAGCAAGAUAAGCAGCAAAACUCCAUGAUUAUGAGUCAAGCCGUGGAUGACACGUUCUAUGCCCGGCUCUCCCCGCUUUCCGAAAUGGCCAACCUAUUGCCUAUGAAUGAGCCGCUGCUCAUCAUCGGAGGUCAAACAACCGCUACGUUGAAGAUGAUUAAAGAGAUUCAAAAGCUGCUACCUCGACAGUGGAGGCACAAGGUGCGUCUCAUUGCCAGUGUCAAUCAUCUCGAGGCCGAGGGCGUGCCUGCUCACUCGAAUGUGAUUUGCCUGCAAGAGCUAGACAGAGGACUGUUUACGACAGCCAUGACGUCAAAGUGUCUGGAUGCUCUAAAGACACUUUUCAUCAACACGCGAAACCUCUUGUGGGUGACAAAUGCCCAACACUCUAGCUCCAUGACUCCCAGAGCUAGCAUGUUUCGAGGCAUCACUCGCGUCUUGGAUGGAGAAAUCCCUCAUAUUCGCACCCAAGUUCUUGGCAUUGAGCCCAGAGCAACUUCUUCCGCGACGGCAAGAAAUUUGCUAGAAGCGUUCCUGCGACUACGAUCUGAUGAUGGUCGUCACGCAGCCAAUGUCGACGAAGACGGUGCAGAUGGCAGUAGCCAGCAAGUGUUGUGGUUGCAUGAACCAGAGGCUGAGCUUUUGUCGAACGGUACCAUGAUGAUUCCCCGAGUCAAAGCGCGCAAGUCCCUGAAUGACACGUAUCUUGCUUCCACUAGGGCUAUAUCUACGACAGUGGACGCUCGCUGUGUUUCCGUCCAAGCCGUGGCCGGGCCCGCCAAGAUGCUGCUUCGACCUGUUGAAGAUUUUGCUGUCGAGCAUGCAAUCUCCAGCCAGUCUACAGAUUCGAAAGUACACAUUCAAGUCGAAUCAACUCUGCACAUCCCCGAAGCGCUGGACGGCACCUGUCUCUACCUUGUCUGCGGCUGGACACGGACGGCUGAAACAUCUGUUCCGGUAAUAGCGCUCUCCACCAGCAAUGCCUCGAUUGUUGCCGUCGAGUCCAAGGCAGUAGCCAUGAUUGAUGAGGCUGAUGUGAAACCUGAAACCCUUUUCCGAGUAUUCCAGCACAUGGCUAUGCAAGCUCUGGAUUCUGCAGUCGGGCGUCAUGGCCAGGGUCAAUCAACAGCUCUGAUCUACGGCGCCGACGAAGAAUUAGCCAAGCUGACCUCGGAAAGAUUCGCGGUCCGUGAGAGCAAGGUUUACUUUGCAUCUACACGUACUUCUGCCCCGGGCGACUGGCUCAAGGUCCAGCCUCUACUUAGCAAGUUUGCCCUGAGUCAAAUGAUGCCCGCUGAUGUUGAGGUAUUCAUUGACUGCCUUGGCGACACAGAGUCUUUUGACGCGUGCCGUACUCUCGAGUCCUGCUUAUCAACGACAAGCACGGUGCACCGUCUCGACGCCUGUCUGCUUUCGCGAAUGUCUCAAUGCUCUCCCGACACUCUUGCUGAUGCAUAUUCACAUGCAAAGACGCAGUCGAAUGCCGAGUUUAGCUGGAACGGCAAUGUCCAAACGUUUACAGCUGCGGAACUUGCGGGCAAGCUCAGUCACUCGCUCAUGCACAGCGUGUACAUGACAGAUUGGCAGGAGAAGGACUCUAUACUGGUGACUGUACCGCCCCUCCAGACCCGUGGGCUUUUCAAGAGCGACAGAACCUAUCUCAUGGUUGGCGCAGCAGGCGGGCUUGGCACGUCUAUAUGCCGUUGGAUGGUGCGCAAUGGUGCGCGACAUGUUGUUGUGACGAGCCGCAAUCCCAAAGCCGAUCCAGAAAUGCUGAACGAGGCGAGGCGCUACGGCGCCGCCGUUAAAGUUGUGCCAAUGGACGCUUGCAGCAAAGACUGUGUGCAGACUGUCGUGGACAUGAUUCGAGACACCAUGCCGCCCAUUGCUGGUGUAUGCAAUGCCGCCAUGGUCUUGCGUGACAAGCUCUUUCUGGACAUGAAUGUCGAUCAUAUGAACAAUGUCCUUGGUCCCAAGAUGCAAGGCACGGAGCAUCUGGACUCAAUUUUCGCCCAAGAGCCUCUCGACUUUUUUGUUUUGCUAAGCUCGAGCGCUGCCAUUCUGAAUAAUACAGGCCAGUCAAACUACCACUGCGCAAAUCUCUACAUGGACAGCCUAGUCACGAAUCGGCGCUCGAGAGGACUCGCAGCUUCCAUUAUCCAUGUCGGUCAUGUCUGCGACACGGGCUACGUUGCCCGCUUGGUUGACGACAGCAAGGUGCAGAUGAGCCUAGGUACCACGCGAGUGAUGAGCGUCUCGGAGACUGAUGUGCAUCAUGCCUUUGCCGAGGCGGUCCGCGGAGGGCAGCCAGACAGCCGGAGCGGCUCCCACAACAUCAUAAUGGGUAUUGAGCCGCCGACGAAACCUCUGGAUGUCGCUAAACGAAAGCCAGUGUGGAUUUCUGAUCCUCGGCUCGGCCACAUGCUGCCUUUUAGCACUCUGGAGAAUCAGAUGGUUGCCUCGGAGCAAGCAGCCGCAUCGGCGGCAGACAGUCUAGCGCAGCAGGUCAGCGAAGCAACAACAGAUGAAGAGGCUGCUGCCGCCGCGCUCAAGGGGUUUGCCACCAAGCUUGAAGGUAUCCUGCUGUUGCCCCUAGGAAGCAUCGGCGAGGACAGUGCGGGCAGACCGGUGACUGACUUGGGCAUCGACUCUCUGGUGGCCGUUGAGAUUCGGACUUGGUUCUUGAAGCAGCUGCGCGUCGACGUUCCCGUCAUGAAGAUUCUAGGGGGCAGCACGGUCGGGCAGCUGUCCGCAUUGGCAGCCAAGCUCGCCCGGCAGGAUGCGAAGAAACGGGCACAACUCGAAGAGGCUUCUGGGAACCAACCCGUUGCUCUCCCACCACUAAAUGACAAGGAAACAGGGCCAAGUAAGAAGGGCAAAGCACAAGAGUUUCCUGAGACUGUACAAGUAGUAGGUACAGCGGCGGAAAGAACGGAACCUCUUGUACUUGAAGCGUCAGACAGGGGAGGCUCUUCCACUGCCAAUUUCACCACGAGCAGCAGCGUCUCCGAGUUGGAUGACAGUCUGCAGGAGUCUACUCUUCAAUCAUCUGAGAACAACGGCGAGUCAACUCCCAGCAAAUCUAGCAAUUGCAACUCUGAUUCCGGAUCGGACAAUCAAGCGCCCAGAGAGAUUUCGUCGAAUGGCUUCUUCACCCAACCAGCAGCGACUGCGCGUCCAAACGUACUACGAGAGGCGCCAAUGUCGCCCGCCCAGUCCCGCAUCUGGUUUCUAUCAAAGCACAUUGCAGAACCAGACGCCUACAACAUGGUAUUCCACUACCGCGUCCGCGGGCCCCUCAGCAUGGUGCGCCUCCGUCACGCCCUGCAGACCGUCACCAACCACCACGAGUGUCUUUGCAUGUGCUUCUACGCCAGCGCCGACAACGGGCAGCCCAUGCAGGGCCUUCUGGCGUCGUCUGCGUCUCAAAUGACCAUUGUCCCGGGCGGCGAGGAACAAGACUUGCAGAGGGAGCUGCGCAAGCUCAAGACGCGCGUGUGGAGCGUCGAGAGCGGGCAGACGCUGGAGCUGGUGGUUGUUGGCCCGCGGCCCGGCACAGCGGCAGCGGAAGAAGAAGAGUUUUCGCUGCUAUUUGGUUAUCACCACAUCGUCAUGGACGCGAUUAGCUUUUCCAUCUUCUUGGCCGAUCUGGACAAGGCAUACCGCAUGCUGCCGCUCGACAAGGCUUCUGCGGGAUCGCACCUCGACCUGGCUGCGCAUCAGCGACAGCAGGAACACGCGGGCGCGUGGAAAGAGUCGUUGGAAUUCUGGCAGGCCGAGUUUGAGACGAUUCCAGAGAUGCUUCCGCCGCUAUCCGUUGCGUUGCCGACUCUUCAACGAGGCGCAGUCGGAACGCAUCGUGUACUGCGCGAGCUUGCCCAUGAACAAGGCGGCGACGCCGCCAUCAAGAAGACGUGCAAGAAUCUCCGCGUCAGCCCCUUUAACCUUCACAUUGCCGUGCUGCAAGUGGUGAUUGCGCGUCUGGGCAGCAUCGAAGACGUCUGUGUAGGCAUCGUGGAUGCCAACCGCAGCGACUCUCGUGCCUCGCGCAUGGUUGGCUGUUUUGUCAAUAUGCUCCCCGUCCGGUCCCGAAUUCUGCCCUCCGCGACCCUCGCAGACGUCGCCCGCGCCGCAUCUUCCAAAGCCCUUGCCGCUUUUGCGCACGGCCAGGUGCCGCUGGACAGCAUCCUCGACAAGGUAAAGGCGCCGCGGCCCGCUGGCAGCACGCCGCUGUUCCAGGUCGCCCUCAACUAUCGCCCAGCGGCCGCGAUAGCCUCCAAGCAAAGCCUGGGAGGCGAGUGCGAGAUGGAGCUGCUUGCCGACGACUUUAAAGAUGCGGAGAAUCCUUUCGAGAUUAGCGUCCUGGUCAGCGAGAUGCCGGGCGGCCGAAUCGCGGUCGAGGUGGUCUGCCAGAAAUCCCGGUACACUAUGCAGGCGACUGAAGCGCUCCUCGACGCGUACUUGAAUGUGCUGGCGGGAUUCUUGUCAGACACGGCCCAGAGCGUCGGCGACUGUGUAGUACAUGACCAGAGUAAAGUCGAGCAUGCUCUGGACUUGGGCAAGGGGGCGCAGAAGAGCUUUGGGUGGCCUCGUACGCUGUCUGAGCGAGUGAUGAGUAUCUGCCAGCAGCACUCGACCAAGUCUGCAAUCAAAGAUGGUCGAAACGAGCUUUCUUAUGCUCAAUUAGCCUCUAAGGUUAACCACACAGCCAGCGCCCUCGUUAACGCAGGCUGCAGUGUCGGUUCUCGCAUCGCAGUCUUAUGCAACCCCUCGAUUGAUGCCAUUGUCGCCAUGCUGGCCAUUCUCCAUAUCGGCGGUGUAUAUGUUCCUCUUGACACCAGUCUGCCCGAGGCUCGUCAUCAGUCUCUAGCAUCAAACUGCACACCAAGCCUAAUCAUCUCCCACGCGGCUACCAGAGAGCGCGCCCACAAGCUCAGCGCUGUAAUCAGUGCUCCUGGCCACGAGCCGGCUCGCGAGCUCACACUAGACGACUUGUCGCCAGACGAGACUGGAUACAUGGCGCCGCUCAAUGCCGAGCCAAACGCCCCCGCCAUCCUGCUAUACACCAGUGGCUCAACGGGCACCCCAAAGGGCGUUUUGCUCACGCAAGCAAACUUUGGCAACCACAUUGCGCUAAAGACGGACAUUCUCGGUCUGCAACGAGGCGAGUGCGUCCUGCAGCAGAGCUCGCUCGGCUUUGACAUGUCUCUGGUGCAAGUCUUUUGCGCUCUCGCCAACGGCGGCUGUCUUGUCAUUGUCCCGCAAGAUGUCAGACGUGAUCCGAUGGAACUGACAAGCCUCAUGGCCCAGCACAAGGUGUCGCUCACAAUCGCUACGCCAUCAGAGUACCUCGCUUGGCUGCAGUAUGGAUCCGACGCGCUCGCGCAGGCCACGUCAUGGAAGCAUUUGUGCAUGGGCGGCGAGCCGAUCCCGCAGCUCCUAAAAGAUGAACUGCGACGCCGUCUUGAGCGCAAGGACUUGGUGGUGGUGUCCAAUUGCUAUGGGCCGACGGAAACGACGGCGGCGAUAUCGUUUCAGUCCAUCGCUCUCGACUCGCAAGACAGCCACGAGCAGCUGCCAGGCGAGAGCGAGCUGGCCAACUACGCUGUGGGCAAAGCGCUUCCCAACUACUCGAUCCGCAUCAGGGACCCUGCCGGCGGCGCCUGGCUACCUGUCAACCACACGGGUGAAAUCGUGAUUGGCGGCGCUGGCGUUGCCUUGGGGUAUCUGGACAUGCCCGAGGAGACGCGAGCCCGGUUUUUGCAGACCCCCGGCGAGGAGGAUGGCAUGUUGUUGUAUCGCACGGGCGACAAGGGCCGUCUGCUGUCCGACGGCACCUUGCUCUGCUUUGGGCGCAUCACGGGAGAUAACCAGGUCAAGCUCCGCGGUCUUCGUAUCGAGCUCGGCGAGGUCGAAGCCGCUCUGCUCCAAGCUUCACAGGGCCUGAUUCACACUGCCGUUGUAUCCCGUCGCGGGGACGUGCUCGUCGCACACUGCGCGCGCUCGCACGAGAGCAGCAGAGAAACUACGGGCGGGGGAGGAGAGCAACAAGACGCCGCCACCGCCAUUCUUCGUCGCGUUUCGGAGCUGCUACCCCAGUAUUCUGUUCCCGCAGCCAUUGCCCUGCUCCCCUCGCUGCCGACCAAUGCCAAUGGCAAACUCGACCGCACGGCCAUUGCCGCUCUGCCUCUCUCCCCGCAAGACGAAGCCGCCGCCGCCACUUCUCCAUCCAACGACAACAAUAACAACAACACCCCCUCGGGCGGCGGCGGCGAAAAGAUGACGGUCCGUCAAGGUGAGCUACGGCUGCUGUGGGAGCGUGUUCUGCCCCGCGACGCCACCACCACCACCACCACCAACAGUGUGCGCAUCACGCCCGAGUCCGACUUUUUCCUGCGCGGCGGCAACUCUCUGCUGCUGAUGAAGCUGCAGGCCGCCAUCCGCGAGUCCAUGGGCGUGCGCGUCUCGACAAAGGCGCUGUACCAGGCCAGCACGCUCAGCGGCAUGGCGCGGUGCGUCGCGGAGCAGCGGAGCGACGACGAUGAAGCGGAAGAGGACAUUGACUGGGCGGCCGAGGUGGCUGUGCCGCCCUCGAUGCUGGCACAGAUUGAAAAGCUGCAGCAUUCCUCUGCUUCUUCGUCUUCUUCUUCUUCUUCAUCUUCUGCAGGGUCCUCCUCUACGCAGCGACCACGCAAGACGUCCGGGCUGCAGAUUCUUUUAACAGGCGCCACGGGCUUCCUCGGCGGCCAGCUCCUCGAGCGCCUUGUCCAGUCACCUCGCGUCUCUACGGUGCACUGCGUCGCUGUACCCGUCGACGAGCAAUCAUUACUCGAGCCCUUCUUGCAGCAACAAGCCGACGGAACAAGAAGAAAAGUGCGUUGCUACAUUGGCAACCUGGCCGCUCCCGCUCUCGGCCUCACCGCCGCGGACCAGACUGCGCUUUCGCAAACCGCCGACGUCAUUGUCCACGCCGGCUCCAUGGGCCACUGCCUCAACACGUACGCCACGCUGUCGGCGCCCAACUUUGCCUCGACCCGGCAUCUCUGCGCCCUCGCCCUGAGCCGCUCCCCGCCCAUCCCGCUCGCGUUUGCGUCGUCAAACCGCGUCGCGCUGCUGACGGGCAGCACCGCGCCGCCUCCGGGUUCCGCCGCCGCGUUCCCCCCGCCGCCGGGCGCGCAGGGCUUUACGGCGAGUAAGUGGGCCAGCGAGGCGUUUUUGGAGAAGCUCACGGCGAGCAUGUCCGACGUCUCCAAAACGAAAACGAAAACGACGACGACAGUGAUGCCGUGGAGGGUCUCGAUACAUAGGCCCUGCGCGCUGAUUAGCGAUCGCGCGCCCAACUCUGAUGCGCUCAACGCCAUUCUGCGCUACUCGACCUCGAUGCGUUGCGUGCCGUCGUUGCCGGAGCACAGGGCCGAGGGAUACUUGGACUUUGGGCAGGUGGACAAGGUGGUUGAGGAAAUGGUGGGCGACAUCCUCGGGCUCGCGGAUGAGCGUCCGCAAGAGGGACCUGCCGUCGUGUAUAGGCAUCAUUCCGGAGGCGUCAAGGUGCCGAUUCACGAGUUUCGGGAGCACAUGGAAUCUGUCUAUGGAGGACGCUUUGAAAGUGUUCAACUUGGACAAUGGAUCAUCCGCGCCGUCGACGCCGGCAUGGAUCCAUUGAUUAGCGCCUAUCUCGAGACCUUUUUAGAGGGUGACGCGUCCAUGGUUUUUCCUUAUAUGGGAGAGCAAGCAGUUUGA